AUGGAUGGAGUGGAGGAAGCGAACGUGGCGGCGGUGGAGAGCUCCAAGAAGCUCGUGGCGAUCCUCUCGCGGUCCGGCGACCCGUUCCGGCUGAUGGCCGCCGUCGCGGAGACCGACGAGGCCGUGUCCCGGUUCGACAGGGUGGUCACCAUCCUCAGCAACAGGGUCGGCCAUGCGAGGGCAAGGGUUGGCAAGAUGAGGAGGAGCUCGCCGCCUUCCGUUGAUCCGAGCUGCCUCAUGGAUCACCCAUUGACGGCGGCGACGACGACGACCUCUCCCGUCGCUCCCAGCAAUGGCCGCCUCCGUGUCAGUAUCACUCCUCCUGCACCGCCGUCCCCGGCGACGGCGGCGAGACCAAACAUGGAAGAGAAGGAUGUUGUGGUGGUGGCGGCGGCGGCGGCGGCGGUGGCUCCUUCCGCCGCGAAGAUCACGCCGGCCGUGGUUGACCGGAGCUUGUUUCUUGAGACGCCGCUCUUGGAUUUGAACAGUUGCGGCGGUGCUCCGGCCGCAUCCAUGGCAGCAGCAGCAGCAGCAGCAGCAGAAGAGCUUCCAGUUUGA